UUUUCAAAAUGGCGACCAAGCGAAAGUUUCCCGGGGAGAAUAGUGGCGCUUUAGUCGCUGUUAAAAAGCCGAAACAGAAUCAGUUAGCUUUAAAAGAUCAAGGGGGAGCAAUUCAAACGCUUCCCCAAAGAACCUCAAGCCUCGAGGCCCCUAUAAUGUUGCUAAGUGGACAUGAGGGAGAGAUUUUUACUUCAAGAUUUCAUCCCUCUGGGGAGACUUUGGCUUCAGCAGGAUUUGAUAGACUGAUUUACCUGUGGAAUGUUUAUGGAGAAUGUGAGAACUUUGCAGUUCUCAAAGGUCAUACUGGUGCUGUGAUGGAAUUACAUUUUUCAUUGGAUGGGAGCACCAUGUUCACAGCAUCAACAGACAAGACAUUAGGUAUUUGGGAUUACGAGACAGGCUCAAGGAUAAAGAAGUUGAAAGGUCACAGUUCGUUUAUAAAUAGUUGUUAUCCGUCCAGAAGAGGACCGCAAUAUGUUGUCAGUGGAGCAGAUGAUUGUACUGUCAAGUUGUGGGAUACAAGAAAAAGAGGAUGUGCACAAACAUUUCAGAACAUUUAUCAAGUAACUGCAGUUUCAUUCAAUGACACAAGUGAUCAAAUCCUUUCAGGAGGCAUAGACAAGGAGAUAAAGGUCUGGGAUCUUCGGAAAAACGAUGUACUUUACAAGAUGUCUGGACACACGGACACAGUCACUGGCGUCAGUCUCAGUCCAGAUGGUUCAUUUAUCCUCUCUAAUGCAAUGGAUAACACAGUUCGUAUGUGGGAUAUUCGUCCAUUUGCUCCUUUGGAAAGAUGUCUGAAAGUUUUCACUGGAGCCCAGCAUAACUUUGAAAAGAAUUUGAUUAGGUGUUCUUGGUCUCCAGAUGGGCUAAUGAUAUCUUCUGGAUCAGCUGAUAGGUUUGUUUAUGUCUGGGAUACAAAUUCUAGAAGAAUUCUCUACAAACUGCCAGGACAUGAUGGAUCAGUGAAUGAUGUUGACUUCCAUCCUAAUGAACUAAUCUUGAUGUCGUGUGGAAGUGACAAGAAGAUAUAUCUUGGAGAAUUGCAAGCGUAAUAUACCUCUGCAUUGCUCAUUGUCUCCUAGUCAUCAAAGUCCAAAUCUUCAGUAACAUUCUUGAUAACACAACACACAACAAAAAAAAACAUGCUGUAGAUGUUUAUUCUCAUUCAUGGUUGUCAAGAACAUGGCAUCUUUCUAGACAUUUGGCGAAAAAUUAGAUACUACCAUUAAUCAUUAGUGGAUAUUACAGUUUUAAUUUAUAUCUGUUGCAAGAGACUGGCAGACUUUCAGAGGUCGCUUUCACAUAAACUCUGAAAGUUAAUAGUUAUCAGUGAAUUCUAACUUUUGUUACUUUCAAAAUUUUGAAACAUGUAUUCUUAACCUCAUUAUAUGCUUCUAGUUUAAAGUGUAUGCAACACAUGUGAAAGUAUUUCAAAAGACCUUUUAAUACUUGUAAACUAAGACGUUGGAGUUUCGAUGUGUAAAUGUAAAGGCCUAGCUUACGAAAAAGGCUUUUUCCUUCAAUCUUCAGAAUGUAAAUAAACAAAGAAACUUUUCUUAACAUG